CAUCUUUUUUUCUUUUUAAUCUCCAAUCCAAAAAUCAAAAUAUCCACCAAUUUCAUUAUCGAAAGGAAAAUUCCAGCAAUUUAAAAGCAAGUGGAAUGGUUAGCUAGCCAAAAAAAAAUCAAAUAUAAGAUAUAAAAACCUUUUUUAUUUCAAUUAUUUAAAAAAAAAAAAAACACUAUUUCAUUUCAUGGGUUGAUUCUCUCUCUUCCUCUCUGCAUCUUAUUGUAUCUCCCUUAUUUUUCAUAAAAUUUCAAAUUCUCUUCUCUUUCUCUCUCCUCUCCUUUUCUUUUCUCUCUCUUUGUCACUUAAAAAAAAAAAAAAAAAAAAAAAAAAAAAAAAAAAUCUAUCCAUUUCCCUCUCAUCUACUCUCUCAUACACAAAACACACAAAUCCCAUUUCUCUUUUUAGGGUUCCUCAUUAAUUAACCUCUAUUAAUUUUAAAAUCGCGCAUUUUAGGGAUUAUUUUGAUAUCGGUUAGAAUUCUCAAAUUAAAAUUGUAAAAUUUGCAUGUGGGGUGGAUAGGAUUUAAUUCAUCCUUCCCCUUCUUUUUUUCUCCCUUCUCUUUCUCUCUCUCAAAUAGAUUAUAUAUUGGAUUCUCUCUUCAACAAGUUCAUACAAACACUAGAUAUAGAGCUACUCCAUCCAAAAACCAUAACCAAAACCACUAUUAUAAAAAAUAAAAAAAAUAAUAAUCUUUACAAAUGGCGGCAUCUUCAUCCUCUUCGGCCUUCUUCGGAAGUAGAGAGGCCGAUGCGAUGAAGCACGUACAUCAUCAGCAUCAACCCUCGCAACCACCACCUCCACCACCACCACAAGUUUUGCAAAAUCAGCAUUCUUCAGCAGCCGUGCCGCCUCCGCCUUCGUCAUCAGCAGCACCACCCGCUAAUCCACAACAAAAGAAGAAGAGAAGCCUUCCUGGAACACCAAGCAAGUAUCCGGAUGCGGAGGUGAUAGCCUUGUCGCCGAAGACGUUGAUGGCAACGAAUCGUUUCAUUUGCGAAGUAUGCAACAAAGGAUUUCAAAGAGAGCAAAAUCUACAGCUUCAUAGGAGAGGACACAAUUUACCGUGGAAGCUUAGACAAAAGACUAACAAAGAUCAAGUGAGGAAGAAAGUGUACUUGUGCCCUGAACCCACUUGUGUGCACCAUGACCCGGCUCGUGCCCUCGGUGAUCUCACCGGAAUUAAGAAGCAUUACUCGCGCAAGCAUGGCGAGAAGAAGUUCAAGUGUGAGAAAUGUAGCAAGCGUUACGCUGUUCAGUCUGAUUGGAAGGCUCACUCUAAAACUUGUGGUACUCGUGAGUAUCGUUGUGAUUGCGGCACUCUAUUCUCUCGACGGGACAGCUUCAUAACUCACAGGGCGUUUUGUGAUGCACUAGCUCAGGAGAGUGCAAGACAUCCAAGUAGCCUAUCCACCCUAGGAAGCCACUUAUUCGGACCUACUUCUGCGGUUGGUGGUGGUAAUGCUGGUAACAAUAACAUGGGAUUAGGAGUUGGACUUUCUCAUCAAGUGGCCAACCAUCUUCCGGCUUCGCUUUCCGAUCAAAUGACCUCUGACAUCCUCCGCCUUGGCGGUGGGGCCCGAGGUGUUGGGACCGGGCAGUUUGACCACCUCCUCGGGCCGGGCUCUUUCCGGCCACAAAUGCAGCAAUCUCAUCAGGGCAACUUUUACUUGUCUGACCAAACUGGUGGGCCCAACCAUUAUGCUAAUAGUAACAAUAAUGAUCAAGAAAAUCAAUCCCAAAAUGCUGGUGGUGGAAUCUUCUCCAACAAGCUAUUCACCGGGCAGAUGCCCGUGCCCGACUUAGGGUUUUUCUCCAACAAUAACAACAAUGAGAACACCAACACCAUCAACACUAGUAGCACCACUGGCAGUGGGGACCACAAUGGGAUGUUCUCUUCUUCGGGUGGCGGUACCCUCUUCGGCGGGCCUUCUUCUGGCGGCCUCUCUUCCCUUUACACCACAGGACCCGGCCUCCAAGGCGGUAGCCCCCACAUGUCCGCUACCGCCCUCCUCCAGAAGGCUGCCCAAAUGGGGUCCACAACUUCCACCAGCAAUGCUAGUGCAACUGCCCUACUAAAGGGACUAGAAGCGAAACCAACACCGCAACAAUCCGCACCACCACCACCCCCAACAAGCGCCGGGGGUGGCGGGUUUGGAGGACUAUUCGGAGAAAAUGACCAAAAUAACCUCCAUGACCUACUCAUGAGGGAUAACCUAAUGAACAACCCUUUCUUUGGAGGUGAUCACCAGACUGGAGCAACUAGUGAUCAUAAUGGUAACUAUGGCGGGUUCAAUCCGAAUAAAACCGGGCUCGGUGUCGGAUCAUCGGACAGGCUUACAAGGGAUUUUCUUGGUGUAGGAGAGAUAGUGAGAAGCAUGAGUGGUAAUGGAGGAGGAUUUCCUACAAAUUCGCAAGGCAUGGCAUCCUUAGAAAACGUUACAACUGCUGAUCAUCAAAGAAAUAAUAACAAUAAUAAUAAUAAUAAUAAUGCUGCAGCAGCAAAUAAUAAUAGUAAUGUGAAUAAUACUGCUCCUUCAAGUAGCCAAGCUUUUGGUGGUGGUGGUGGAAAUAAUUUCUAGUCAAUUUGGCAAAUCGAAGGAAAAAAAAGGGUUUUUUUUUACAUCAGAAGUCAAGUACAGGAAUUAGGUUUUGUUUAAAAAA